GCUGAACCAAGAUUCGGCAAGCCAUUCCCGAUCGAGACUAGCAUUAUUAUUCUCUCAGCCUUGUGACAAGAACGCGACUUCCUUCAGAACAUAACAAUGUUUCUACGGUAGAGUCGAUAUUCUGCCAAGCUGUCGAGUAUCUGGGCGGAUGGAUAAUACACGAUUAGACGACCUUUCACGAAUGUUACGAGGCACAAGAUGGAGAAGUUCUUACGGGAUUGGCGCCAGGAUGCGUUAAAUAAACACCAAUAUGAUUCAGCAAUCUUCAUAGGAGACAAGCUCCUAGCAUUAACUCAAAACGACAAGGAUGCAUUCUGGCUUGCGCAAGUCCAUUUCUCCACAGGAAACUAUACUCGGGCUCAAAGCUUCCUCUCGAAACAAGAUCUCGUCGCGCGAAACCCAUCCUGUCGAUACCUUGCGGGGCAUUGCUUGAUCAAACAAGGGCGAUUCGAUGAAGCACUGAAUACUCUCGGCGACAAAAAUCCCACACACCUCAUUUCCAGCUCGAGCAACAGCCGGCGGAAGUUACAACACACCACAGGACACGGCAGAACAGGGUCGAAGCCUGUUCUCCGAGAGAGACAUGAUAGACGGGAUGAAGUCGCUCACGAUGAGGCUGCAAAUAUUCGAUUCGAGGCCGCAAUGUGUUUCCUCAGAGGUCUUUGCUACGCGAAGCAGAAUGCUUUCGAUCGGGCAAAGGAGUGUUACAAGGACGCAGUCAGGAUAGACGUUCAAUGUUUCGAGGCAUUUGAGCAGCUGAUGAAGAACUGUUUAAUGUCGCCAGAUGAGGAGUGGGAGUUUCUGGACUCAUUAGACUUCGACUCCAUCUCCAUACCAGACGAUGUUUCUUCCUCCCACGAUGCCGCCGAGUUCACGAAGAACCUCUACACUACGCGCCUUUCGAAGUACAAGAACCCUGCACAAUUCCAACAUGCAACUGAACAACUCUCGACACACUACCACCUCGCCUCGAACCCCGAUCUCCUCCUGGCGAAAGCAGAUCUUCUCUUCACACAGUGCAAGUUCAGGCUCGCCUUGGGGAUUACAAACUCGAUUCUGGAGGAAGACAAGUAUAAUUUCAGUGUAUAUCCUCUACAUCUGGCAUGUUUAUACGAGCUGCAGUUGAAGAAUGCCCUAUUCCUGAUAUCCCACGACCUGGCAGACAAUCAUCCCGAAGAACCAUGCACAUGGCUCGCUGUUGGGGUAUACUACUUAGCGAUCAACAAAGUGGCGGAGGCUCGACGAUAUUUCAGUAAAGCGAGCAUGAUGGAUCCGCAUUUCGGCCCGGCAUGGAUUGGAUUUGCGCAUACAUUUGCAGCAGAGGGAGAACACGACCAGGCUAUAUCAGCAUAUUCGACUGCUGCUCGACUCUUCAUGGGUACACAUCUUCCUCAGCUGUUUCUUGGAAUGCAGAACCACAUGUUGAAUAACAUGACUUUGGCGGAUGAGUUCCUCAAGACAGCGUAUGGACUUUGCAAAACAGAUCCGUUAUUGUUGAACGAGAUGGGAGUUGUGUUCUAUCACCAGGAACGAUUACCAGAAGCUGUUGCAAUGUUCACGGAAGCUCUGAAGACGGCUGAUGAUAUUGACAGUGACCCUUCCGCUUGGAUAUCUACUCGAGCAAAUCUCGGUCACGCUUACCGGAGAUUGCAGCAGUGGGACUUGGCGCUUGCACAGUUUGACGAGGUGCUGAGGCAAGGAGGAAAAGAUCCUUCGGUGUUCUGUGCGAAGGGAUUGGUUUUGAUGGAGAAAAGGCGACCGUUUGAGGCUGUCUACGUCUUUCAUGAAGCGCUGGCCAUUGCACCACAAGAUGCCAUUGCGACUGAACUUCUGAACAAGUCUCUUGAAGAAACGGCUGGAGGUGGUGCUUAUGGCGCUGAAGAGCUGGAAGACGAUGAUGACUUUGAACGAGAGCUUAUGACGAAGAAGGCAGAGGCGGGCAAGUUUAUGCUUAAACGUAAUGGAGGAAAGGGCAAGGAAAAAUUCAGGCCAAGAAUGAGCAGUGGGAUUGGUGUAGAGGGAAAUAGCCUUAUGGACCUCAGUGAUGAAGAUCUUGAUUGAUGAUGGGAAGGUGUAUUGGCGCCUGGUGGUUCAAGCAUGGAAUGGCGUUUUAGGUGGAAAAGUCUAGAUCACUUGCAUUGAGCAGGCAGUGGCGAUGGUGGGAUUAUUAUAUCCA